GUAUGUAUAUGUGUGUGUGUGUGUGUGUGUGUAUCUAUAUAUAUAUAUAUAUAUGAACUGAAUUUCACUCCCAGUUCAGCACUCUUAGCUUCAACGACUUUUCUUUGGGAGAAAUAAAAUAAACAUGUUAGAAGGGAAAGCAGUGAUUGGAGAGACUGAUAUGCUACAAACCAUGCAACAAUAUGCACUUGAUCUUGCAGCAAAGGCACUUGACUACUUUGAUGUCACUGACUCCAUUGAAAUCGCUCGCUUCAUAAAGAAGGAAUUUGAUGGGGCAUAUGGAGCAGGAUGGCAAUGCAUUGUAGGGACUGAUUUUGGGUCAUUUGUCACUCACUGUUAUGGUUGUUUCAUCUACUUCUGCGUUGGAAGUCUUGCAAUUUUGCUCUUUAGGGGCUCUGCAGUGACACAGCGAGAAGAGAAUCAGUUGGCUGUGAAAGCCUAGUUUUUUGCUUCAAUUCUCUGCAUUUACUCUCGCCUGCUUGGUUUGAUAGACUAGGAAAAAAAUAUAUGAAUAUUUUCUUACCUCAAAAUUCACUUCAUUCUGAGUUGUUUAAAAUUGUUUCUAAAUUUUUGAUUCUCUUG